GAGAGAGAGCGUUGACGGAGGGGAGAGAGAGAGAGAGAGAGAAAAUGGCAUUGAAAUUGGAAUUGGCCCCUCACCCGCAAACGCAGGUACAGUCGUCGUAUAAAAGAUGGAAGGAGGGACAGGGGAGAGGUGCAGGCACAUUAGUAUCCGCGGUCAUCCCCAUCUCAAUCUCCUCUACCUCUACCUCUACCUCUACCUGUACCUGUACUAUCAAUAUCAACAAAAACUUUGAUAACAGAACAAGGACAAGGCACUUGUUAGAUUCCUCAAUCUCAAACUCAAUCGCCAACAGUAGUUAUUCGGUUAAUACGAGGACGAGGACGAGGAAAAUGGUAAAAGCCGUCAGUUUGGGAGACCCCCUCCUCGCCGAAGACCAAGAUGAAGCCGUCGUCGUACCCUCCGACCACUUGUCCCAACAAGCUCUCGUUCCCUCCCUCCGCGACUACCUGGAGAUGUACAAAGCCUCCAUCCAGGAUCCAGGCCGAUUCUGGUCGGAGAUUGCCUCCCAAUUCCACUGGGAACGCAAAUGGGAUCCGGAUCACGUCUUCUCUCACAAUCUCGACGUCACGAAAUCCCAAGUCCACAUUCAGUGGUUCAAGGGCGGCAUCACCAACAUUUCCUACAAUUGCUUGGACAGAAUCGUGGAAUCCGGUGGCGGCGACAAAAUCGCUCUUUUCUGGGAAGCCAACGAUCCCGGCUCUGAUGCCUCUUUGACUUACAAACAGCUCCUCUCCAGAGUUUGCCAGCUUUCAAACUACUUGAAAGACAUUGGCGUCAAAAAGGGCGAUGCCGUCGUUGUUUACUUGCCCAUGCUCAUGGAACUUCCCAUCACAAUGCUCGCCUGCGCCCGCAUCGGCGCCGUUCAUUCCGUUGUUUUUGCAGGAUUUUCUGCAGAAUCUCUUGCUCAGCGAAUCAUCGACUGCAAACCAAAACUUGUCAUCACUUGCAAUGCUGUCAAGAGGGGUUCUAAGAUCAUCCACCUCAAAGACAUAGUUGAUGCGGCCCUCCUCCUAUCCGCCCAAACCAACGUUUCCGUAGAUAGAUGCCUAGUCUUUGAAAAUGAAGCAGCUAUGAAGAGGGAACCUACUAAAUGGCAAGAAGGAAGAGAUAUAUGGUGGCAGGAUGUGAUUCCUGAAUAUCCAACGCAUUGCGAGGUGGAAUGGGUGGACGCUGAGGAUCCAUUGUUUCUGCUCUACACAAGUGGAAGCACUGGAAAGCCUAAGGGUGUUCUCCAUACAACUGGAGGGUAUAUGGUGUAUACUGCAAUAACAUUCAAAUAUGCGUUUGAUUAUAAACCUACUGAUAUUUAUUGGUGUACGGCUGAUUGUGGUUGGAUUACUGGGCACAGCUACGUCACUUAUGGACCCUUGCUCAAUGGAGCUAGUGUCGUCGUUUUUGAAGGGUCUCCAAAUUAUCCUGAUUCCGGUCGCUGUUGGGACAUUGUUGAUAAGUACAAGGUUACAAUAUUUUACACUGCUCCCACAUUGGUGCGGUCCCUAAUGCGUGAUGGUGAUGAGUAUGUUACUCGCUACUCAAGGAAAUCCUUAAGGAUCCUAGGAAGCGUUGGUGAGCCUAUCAAUCCUAGUGCCUGGAGGUGGUUCUAUAAUGUAGUUGGAGAUUCGAGGUGUCCUAUUUCUGACACUUGGUGGCAAACAGAAACCGGUGGCUUCAUGAUAACUCCUUUACCAGGUGCCUGGCCUCAAAAGCCUGGUUCCGCCACUUUUCCUUUUUUUGGAGUUCAGCCUGUUAUAGUAGAUGAAAAAGGUGUCGAGAUUGAAGGGGAGUGCAGCGGAUAUCUUUGUGUGAAAAGCUCUUGGCCUGGAGCAUUCCGUACGCUCUAUGGUGACCAUGAAAGAUAUGAAACCACUUACUUUAAGCCAUUCCCUGGUUAUUAUUUCACCGGAGAUGGCUGCAGAAGGGACAAGGAUGGGUAUUACUGGCUUACGGGAAGAGUUGACGAUGUUAUCAAUGUCAGUGGACACCGUAUUGGUACAGCUGAAGUAGAAUCUGCUCUGGUUUCACAUCCCCAGUGUGCGGAAGCUGCUGUCGUUGGUGUUGAGCAUGAGGUUAAAGGGCAGGCUAUAUACGCAUUUGUUACUCUUGUAGAAGGUGUUCCUUACACUGAAGACCUACGGAAGAGCCUCAUACUCACUGUUAGAAAGCAGAUAGGAGCAUUUGCUGCACCCGACAAAAUCCACUGGGCGCCUGGCCUUCCAAAGACUAGGAGUGGAAAGAUAAUGAGGAGGAUUUUGAGAAAAAUUGCUUCCAGACAGUUGAAUGAGCUUGGAGACACUAGCACACUAGCGGAGCCAAAUAUAGUAGAUCAGCUUAUUGCACUCGCUGAUUGCUGAAGGCAUUUGUGCAUGGAAGGAUCAGCUGUAAGGUAUACGAGGGGAAAGGAGUGCAUUCACAUACUCCUUUUGUAAGAUCAAUUUUACAUGUCUCUCUCUAGCAAGAAAGAAAAAAAAAAAAACAGAUCAUAUUUAUUUCCAUACAUGUAAGGAUUGGGCAUUGUUUUUGCUGUGAAGAAUAAGAUCAAGUUUUGAAUAAAGUGAUUAAAGCGAA